AUGAUAUUUCUACGUGGACACACGGGCUUUUCCGAGCCGGGUGCGGUGCAUGCAGCCCGCCGGCGGGACCGGGCCGGGCAUGGCGUGGCUCAGCGCCGGGCCGGGAGGCGGUGCCGGGCCGGGGAGGGCCGGGAAGGGCUGGGAGCCACCGCCUCCUACCUCCGGGUCGCCGCUGUAACCCUUCCGGGUCGGCAGCCGAGGUGCCGAGGGGCCCGGGGCAGCGCUGCGGCCGCCCCCGAUAUGGAUAGCCAGAAGGAUGAGAAAAGCAGGACGCUCUGUGCCACCUCACAGGAAGAGCUGAAAGGCCGAGGUAAAGAAAAAAGGAAGCGAAAACGUAGUAGAAGCAGAUCAUCAUCCGUUUCAUCCACAUCGUCUUCUAGUACUGCAUCCUCUUCUUCUUCCUCCUCAUCACGCUCAUCGUCAAGGUCGUCUUCUUCAAGUAGCAGAGAUUCUCCUAAGUCUAAAUCGAAGAAAAGGAAAAAAGAAAAGCACAAUAAAAAGAAAAGGAAAAAAGAGAAUAAAAUGAAAAAAAAGAAAGAAAAGAAGAAAAAGAGAGAGAAGACAGGACCUGUCCAGCUUUCUAAGUUCUUCAAAAACAAAAAGAAGAAUGAAAACUACAGCAUGAUAACUGGAAAGAAAAUUAAGAUGAAAAUAAAGAAAACUAAGAAGGAUAAAGAGAGAGAUCGGAACCGCGCAGAGCUGCUUGAAUUUCUGAACUCUGCCUUGUAAGGGGAAGAGUGCGGCCCGAGGACUUGUACAUACGCCAAGCCAGCGAUCGUCAUGCCUAGCAAAACACUAGCGGGAAACUCAGGGAAAAGGACGCCGAGCUCGACAAGACCAGACAGACUCUCCUGCUGUACAGACAAUCAGGAUGUCCUUUUUUAACAGCAACACGAAGAGUGACUGGUAACCUCUUACUGAAGAGCCGUGUCCUCCUUUUGAGAUCCUAAGGUAAUAGCCAGGCUGUGGUGGUUUAGAAGAGCCUAAGAGCGUGUCACUGACGAUGAUGAGAAGUGGCACGCUGAGGUCCAAUAAUGUAAUUUCUAUCAUAACUGCAUGCAGAACACACUUUUAAUUUCAAAUGUCUUAAUGUUUCUAGUCGCUUAAAGAAAGCAGAGUAUUUGUAAAUGUCUAUUUGAAAGAUCAGACAUUUCUAUAUGUAUAUUUUUUCCAGUAGUGGUUUUACUUGUCCUGAAGAGCAGGUUGACCUUUGUAAAUAGAACAUCCUUUUACAUAAAUGAUUUUUUGACAGCUCAUUCAUUAAUAUAUUCUUUCAGUGUGAGAUAUGGACAGUUUUAUUACUCUUUGUCACUAGAAAGAGUCAACAGUAAAAUAUUCUGGAGCAGUAA